AGAGAGAGAGAGAGAGAGAGAGAGAGAGAGAGAGAGGACCUGCAUCCAAUCACCACAUUUGUUUGGUAGUCCUCCUCCAGCAGCGGACUGUCGUCUUUUUGCAGAUACAGGUGUCCGGACCCGGUGAGACAUGAACGGGCCUAAUCUUAAUGAACUCCCCGACGAUUCGGUGCAGUUUGAGCCGUACGUAGACACUCUGAGGCGGGGAGCCCUACAGUCCAGAGAACUGUCCGGUGUCGGGGCGCUCUCCGAACCCUUUCUCGUCAAGUUCCUCCGGGCCAGAGACUUCGACGUGGAUCUCUCUCUGAAGGUAAACCUCAACACAAUCAGACUGUAAAUACGUGGUCAUUGGGUCUGCGGAAGCUCUGCUGAUCUGAUCGGACUAACUCUGAAGAGGUCAUGAAGUUUGUUGAUUCUCUCCGUUGUCCUGCCUGGACUCCGUGUUCUCUGCAACCACCUCUGCAAAGGGAACUGGACCGCUCUAAAACCAAACUGACUCUAAAAUUAAACACAGUGGGAAAGAUCAGUCCACUCAUUCUGAUAGUGUUCAGGUCUAACAUUAAGCAGAAACAGUUUGGAUGUACAGUAACCAGUCACCAGUAACCAAUCAAGUUCUCCGUAGAAAAGGACAAAUAUCGGUUGUUUCAGCCUUUACAAAUUUAAUCUAGGUAGAAACAAACUGAAUGUUAAUUAGCCUCCCUGAUGUGCAGUUCACGGACUGCACAUAAAGUCAGGGUGAAUCAGCCAGCUGCAGUGCACAACAAUGACACUUAAAUGUAUUUGACACAGUGGACCAAAACAGCCAUGCACUGCUCUCCAGGGGUGAACUUAAACAAUGUUUAUGGGGUGGCAAAGCCCCUGAGAAGGGUGGGCAUACAGAUGCAGCUGAAGACAUGAAAGUAGGGUUGGACGAUUAUGGCAAAAAUAAUAAUCAUGAUUAUUUUUGACUGGUAUUAAAAUCAUGAUGAAUAAACACGAUUAUUCAUUAAUUUCAAACCUUGAGUAUUUAUUGAACCACCAAAAUGUAACUUUAAGUAUAACUUGUGAGCGUGCAUAUACUGAUACAUAUAGGUCCAAGAAAGAGCCACAUAAAUACAAAAAACCCCCCUCAUUUUUAAGGUGUGCCGGCUUUUAUUUAGCUGUGGUGGUGUGCCACAGUCAAUUGCAUAUAGGGGAAACCCAACGACUGUAUAUAGAAUGCACAGGAUCUGCCUCCUCACUGGGUGAAGCCACUCCGCGCACAGCACCCUCUGUUGACAGGCUGCAGUAUAGCUCAUAAAGUUUUUCUCCCCCCUGCUUGCGAUGUUGACAUGUAGUUAUUGUAAGACUAGUUUGUGCACAAGGCCUCUUUUUUCUGUGAAACUCAGUUUUUCAAAGUUAUUAGGGUUUUUUUUGAUUGACACCUGAUUCAGCCUAUGGGCGUUCAAGGAUUGCGUAGCUCACCCAGGGGAUACGCUGUUUGAGCCAAGCAUCAUCACUGCGACACUCCCGCCAAGUGCGUACAACACUACUGUGGAAGUGGUGGUUUCAGGAAGUGGAGAAAAUCCCAAAAAUACCGAGAGCAAUUCGGCUUCAAAGUUGUAUUAUGACGGAAGGCGGGGCUAAGUUGUCCAUAGUAUAUAUAUACAGUCUAUGGGGAAACCCUGAAGUUGGUCGUGCUGCCUUGGGGAGCAAACACAACAGUAUGACAAACUUUGCAAACAAUUUCCUUUUGCUCAACCUCCAUCAACUUGAAGCCAAAAUGUUUCCAGAUAACUUAGGUUGUCCGACCUGUCCUCUCAACCAAAAACAGCCUUUCUGCCAAUAUUUUUAACUGCCGGCUCCUCAUAUUAUUGAUCCACACGUGUCACAUGUUUGCUGCAGCUGCAUGUAACAGGGGUGAAUUGAAGUUGUUAUUCCAGCACAGGAACUCACAUACACGCCGUUCGACGCAUUAAUUGUUUUUCUUCGAUUCUAAUGUUUUUAUGAUCAUGAGAAGCCAAAAUCAAAUUAAUGAUUAAAAUUGGAUUAAUCGUCCAGCAAUUCAUCCCCAAAAAGAUCAUGGUAUGGUAAGUAUGAAACACCCGGGCUGAGAGUUGAUCAGUGUGUGUUUAUGUGUGUAUAUUGUAAUAUGUUCUUCAGCAUCAAACCUAGGUUGUGUCACUAGAGGUUAUAGUGACAAAAGUUCAAAAGAUAGGAGUUAACCCUUUAAUGCCUUUUGUGUCAUAUUUGAUACAUACUUUUAUAAACUUCUAUCAAAUCAAUAUGAUCAAAAAAUUACUAAAAAAACACCUGAAUUCAGUCCGAUACAUAAUAAAAAUGUCCUCUUGUAGGUUAUCAGUUUACAAAAACAUCAAAUGUAUCAAACAAGAUAAAUAAACAUAUUUGUUAAAUUUCAAGGACAUUUGGAUUUUGGGGGUUUUCAGUAGUAGGUGAAAUAAACAUUGGUGUCAGGCAUUAAAGGGCUACAUUAACUACAACAGCGGUAUGAUGCUGCCCCAGAAACACCCACAUCCCUAAAGCAGGAGAGCAAGUAUCGUGUAACAAAUCCAACCAAAUUGUUUAUCUUUGUGUCCAUUGUAGUAGAUAAUGGUGAAUGACUUUUUGUUGUAUUAAUGUUAGCUUUUGUUUUGGGACAUUUGUAUUCUUGAGCUGCACCUGUGUGCUAACAGGACUCAUCUGCUCCAGCCCACGUAAUGUGAUAUCAGAACAAAUGGAGUUGAUCAGAAUGUUAUCAAAGACACAAACAUGUAGAGUUUUUCUCUUAAAGGGAUAAUCUGGCGUAAAUUUAAAUUAUGAUCAAACACAACAAACACACUUUAUAGCCGGAAUAUCCCUUUAAUUGCAAACAGGUAAGCCUUUUUUUCAUAUUAAUGUACAUUAAACAUAACCAGCAUAUAGAGACCAAUGUAGGUUACAUCGAAUAAAACUGAAUGCACAUGAUUACUUUGGACAUCUUCAUAACACUAAAAGAAGUUGGGACCAAAACAAUGAUUGAACACGUUGAGAUACCAUUCAUCAUCCAUGUUUGUCUCUAUCCAAAUAAAGUAUCAUAGCAUUAUUGCAGUAGAUGUAACAUGAGCAGCAUUUUCUGAUGUACACGAACAGCACCAUUUUUAACUUUUCAGGUUAGUUGUGACUUCCUGAAAAAUAGACAACAAUCGUUUCUUUACUGAUUCAGCUGGAGCCUGGUGUUAUGAUCAGAUCCAGCAGAAGACCAUGAAUCCUAACAUCCUGGGAUUUUGCAUAUGUCCUGUGCAGCUCUUACUGAACUACCAGCGGUGGCGGAGAGAGAGUCCUGAAAUCAGCACCUGUCUGUCUCCCUCUUCAGUGCUGGGCCUCCUGCAGACAUCAUACCAUGCUGUCCUCCCACAGCGGGACCACACUGGCAGCAGGGUGCUCGUGUACAGGAUAGGUCUGUAAAUCUGUGUGUGUGUGUGUGUGUGUGUGUGUGUGUGUGUGUGUGUGUGUGUAAGAGUCAUUAACAGUGGUAAUACUCAAGGUUUCUGUCCAGCUAUUGAUGAAGUAAUAUGUGGUUUCUGUUGUGAACUGUCACUGCAUUCCACAAGACAAGUUCCUACUUUUCAAGACUGCUGUAACUUGGUCAGGAUUAAAUAUGUUUCAAACACCAGGCCUGAUGUGUAUGCAGAGUUUGAGGAGUUUUUGUGCUUAUGAAAGUGGCCAAAAGUGAAACUCACUACAGCAACAAGGAAAGAAAAAUCUGUACAAUUCAGCCCUGCAACCUCAGGCAGCGCUCAAAGUCUUUUUAAAAAGAUUGUCUGUCUGUCUGUCUGUCUGUCUGUCUGUGCAGGGCAGUGGAACCCUAAAGAAUGGACAGCCCUCCAGGUGUUUAGGGUUAGCCUUAUGACAUCUGAGAUCAUCGCCAUGGAGAUAGAGACGCAGAGACGAGGUUUAAAGGCCAUCUUUGACCUGCAUGGUUGGAGUUUCGGCCAUGCUUUGCAGAUUAACCCUUCCCUUGCCAGAAAGAUAUCUUCUGUACUAUCGGUAGGCUGAGAAUUGUGUUUCUGAUCAUGUUGGAUUAACUGUUUAUGCAACUUCUGCUUUAUGCAACGAUGCUGGACAUGAAGUCUUUACUGCAAUGGGGAUACGCUUUAUGGCGGUUUUUCAUCAGCAUUAGCUUUUGUUGCUAUACAGAUUACACCCAACAUUUCACAGCAGGUCCCUGCAAAACAAGGGAGAACUGGGAGUCUGAACUAAUCAGAUUUUUGAGUAUUUAACCUAGGCAGAACAUGUAGAUGGCAUUACUGUAACUAUACAGCGUAACUAUACUGAGACACGCCCCCAUAUGUGACGAAGCUAGACCCUGUUUGGACCUAAAUUCAGCAUGUCGUCUGAGCCAAAGGAUUUAAAAUGUUUGAAUGUAUACUGCAUCUGUACACCCACCAAUGCAGUGUGUGUGUGUGUGUGUGUGUGUGUGUGUGUGUGUGUGUGUGUGUGUGUGUGCAGGAAUCUUUUCCAUUAAAAGUCAGAGGAAUCCAUCUGGUCAAUGAGCCAAUGUUCUUCCGGCCAGUCUUCACCAUGAUCAGCCCGUUUCUGCCAGACAAGAUCAAACAGAGGGUCAGUUAUUUAACACACACACACACACACACACACACACACACACACACACACACACACACACACACACACACACACACACACAAACAAACAAACAGAAAGAGCCAUCACCCAGUUUGCAGAGAUACCCAUUGUUGGAAAAAGGGUUUCCUAUCACCUUAAAGAUUACCCAUAUGUUUAAUCUCCCAAACACAAAAAAGAAGGUACUGACUGAUAUUUAAUCUCUGACUCCAAUACCUUAACUAGAAAAAUUGCAUUUCCUUGCAGAAAAUGCGUGGAAAUGCUGAGUGCUGAAAGCUGAAAAAACAAUGCAAAACUGCUAAUAAAAAAUAGAAGGUUUUAAUGUAAAAUUGGUAAAAGGGGUGAAGAAGAAGAAGUGGAAGUUGGAUGAAAGUAAAAAAACUGUCCAUACAGUAUGAAUGUGCUUCAUAAAUUAAAAUUGCAUUCAUGCUGAAAGAGGCGAGAAAACUGUCUGAAAUUGCAAAAAAAUUGGAUAAGGAAGAAAAUGACCUUAAAACACAGAAAAGUAAUAAGUGGCAUAAGUUUAAGUUUUAGUACUAGAAGUAGUAUGAAAAUAGGUAGUUGUAGUAGUGAUAUUAGUAGUCAUGUAAGCAGUAGAAGUAGUUUUAGAAUAGAAGAAGUAGAAGUCAAAGCAGUAGAGCUCGUGGUAGAAGUAAUAGUGGCAGUAAAAGUAAGAGACACAGUAAAAAAAUAUUUAGAGAAGCCAGAGUAGUGGAGGUAGAAGUGAAGAUACAAGUUGUAGUGAUAAUAAUAGUAAUUGUAGUAGUAAAUCUGGGAAUCUGUUUGAAGAAUUAAAUAAUGCAUAAAUAAUGAGAAUGAUUUUAAAAUGUUUGAAUCAGUUUGAAUGAGUUUAAAUUUGUCUGAAGAAUUGAAUAAUGUAUUAAUAACGGGAUUACAUUUAAAGUUGGGAAAAAAUUAAUGAAUAAAAAUACUGAAUACAUUUUUGGAGCCCUGAAUGGUUUCUGUAGGUCAAAGUUUGUAGUAGGAGAUAGGGGACAAAGUUUGUCAAGUGCUCUGGUGAAGCGUUAGAAGCUAGCCUGGCUGGGCCAUCCAGUUGCGUGAAUCACUUGCCAUUCCUUCCCACAACAGUCUGGACUUCGGCCAAUUGGGAGCCCUAAAAGUGGGCGGGAGUACUUUCCUUGAUAGACAGACUACUGGAUGGCCCAGCCAGGCUAGUUAGAAGCAGCUUUCCAGUCAGCUGUGUGUCUCUAGGUGCACUAAUUGGUUGCCAUGGGGAUGGUAGAUCCAUCACUACAGCAGGAGAAAGAAGGCUUGAAGCUGAGAAACAAAAUCCAAAACUAUGCCCUGAAGCUCAUUCUCUGUAAUGGCUACAUUCAUGAUAAGAAACUUGUGAGAACCCCACGACUCUGCUGAACAUAUUGAUACAAUUAAUCAACAAAAUCCUAAAUACACCCCAUAAUGUCCUCAAUGAGCUGAAUUUUUCACUCUCAAGUGCUCUGGUGAAGGGUUUUAAAUGUAACCCCCAGUGCUCUGUGUACUGAGCCUGGCUUCAUGUAUCUCAUAUGGCCAUUAGAAGCAGCUUUUCAGUCAGCUGUGUGUCUGCAGGUGCACUAAUUGGUUGCCAUGGCGAAGGAAGAUGUGUCACUGCAGCAGGAGAGAGGAGGCUUGAAGCUGAGGAAAUAGAUCUCCAACUAGGCCCUGAUGGUCAACCUCUGUAUAUAUUCAUAAUAAGGAGCUUGUGAGAACCACAAGACUCUGCUGAACACAUUAAUACAAUUUAUUAUCACAAUCCUUAAAACACCCCAAAGUGUCCUCAAUAAGCUGAAAUUUUCAAGCCCAGAAUGGUUUCUGUAGCUCAAAGUUUGUGGGUGGAGAUAGGUGGUGAAGCAGACACACUUACUGUGUGUACCUGUAGGUCUCAUAGACAGAGAGAGACUAACGCGCACACAUUGUCAGAGUGUGUGUGUGUGUGUGUGUGUGACUGUCAAUUAUUGCAUCUUAACAGGUGUCAGACAUCAAAGGCAUUAACUGACCUAAUGUUUGAAUGAGAAGCUGCCUGAAUUUAGGGCCUCUGAACUUCUUCACAUAGCACGAUUUCCUUAAUUCCCAGAAUGAAAAUAAGAACAAUGUAAGAAUCCUCCACCCCUCAUGAACACAAUGAUAAGUACACCCCAUAAUGUCCUCAAUGAGCUGAAGUUUUGGAGCCCUGAAUGGUUUCUGUAGUUCAAAGUUUGUGGGAGGAGAGAGGGGCCGAAGUUUUUCAAGUGCUCUGGUGAAGGGAUUUAAAUGUCACCCCCAGUGCUCUGUGUGCUGAGCCUGGCUUCAUGUGUCUUAUAUGGCCGUUAGAAGCAGCUUUCCAGUCAGCUGUGUGUCUCCAGGUGCGCUAAUUGGUUGCCAUAGGCAGAGACACACACACACACACAAACAUACACACACACACACACACACACACACACACACUGUCAAACUGUGUGUGUGUGUCUCGUUAAUGAUUGCAUCCUAAACAGCUGUGAGAUCAAAGGAGCAACUGACCUACUGUUUGAAUGAGAAGCUGCCUAACUGCAGUGAAUUUAGGGCCUCUGAACUUCUUCACAUAGCGUGAUUUCUUUAAAUCACAGAAUGAAAAUAAGAACAUCGUACGAAUCCCCCGCCCUUCAUGAACACAAUGAUGUGGUUUUCAUGUCUGUACUCUAAAAAAUGUGGCCACAACAGCGAGUUAAAAAGGUCUGAGCCUGAGUGAUGAUCAGGAUUUUCUUGGAGAAAAAAAAGUUACAUUAGGAGCUUUGCACUCUAGCUAUGACAUCACCCCACUCUAGCUCUUCCAAUACACACCCAUUAUAAAGCCUGAAUUUUGCUGAAAACCAUGAGUUGCAAAAAUGUGAAUACAAGUUUAAUAGUGGACAAGUUAAUGAACAUUUUAAAGCAAAAAGGAGGUCUCUAGGUGAAAGUAUGCUGAAGUUAUAAGGCUUAGAAGGUAGAAAAAUAAAAGGAAGAAUUGGAGGAUUUCCCCAUUGACUUCAAUGUUAAAAUUUUUGCACAAAAAGUUAAAAAAAAAAAAAAAAAGUAUAAAGGGUAGAAAGGUAAAAAAUACAAGCCCUCAUGUCCAGAAGGAGUGGAAUAGUUUAAAGUUUGAACGGUUUAAAUAGCACAAAGUAGAAAGGAGUUGAAAGCGGAUGAAAAUUGGGGGAAUAAUAAUAAUAAUAAUAAUAAUAAUAAUAAAGAAAAUGGCCGACAGGGAUAACAAUAAGUGGAAAUGCUUAAUCAGCAUUUCCACUUAAUAACCUCUCACCCUUUUCCAGCUUGGUCAUUGAUUGGAAGAAGAUAGACAAGGAUACAGAAGAGCUCUCAGUUGAAGCUCCAUUUUAUUUAUUACAAAUUAGUCAAGAAUGUGCAAACAAAGAUCUUUGGGCUCAAAUUAGCUCAUUCUACCAAACAGACAGCAUAGAGGUCUGAGUGCUUCAGAACCAAGACUUACUUUCCCUUGAAGCCUUUGUAGUCAAGGAUCCACUUAUCUAGAUAAAGAGUUUCCUAUAACUUGAUGUUGUCUUCGUUUGUAGGCUGGUUCAGGUUUCUUCUUCACCUCUUACAUAGAUGGGCCCAGGUGUUUACCCAAUAAGGAGUUAUUUUAUGCAUUCUACACUCAUCUGUAACACACACACAUUCAAUCAAUCAUACACUUUUGCUGUUGCUGGGCAGAUGAUCUAAGUAAGCUUUAAAAAAGCAAUUAUCAUAAACCAAAAUAACUAACACCCACCUAAGUUCCAUAACCUUUCUUUUGAAGACGUUCAAACCACAAAGCACCCUCUGCACACUUCCUUUUUCAUACGCCUGGGUGCGAACAUCUUUAUUCUGUACAUGACACCUUACUUAUCAACUAUCAAGAAAAGCCAAAGCUAAAACCUUCAUACUAUGGACACUGUUCUUUUCCUCUGUACAGGGUGAUCUAUAGCCUCCCUGGUGCUUUCAUCUUUCUUCCUGUUAUCCAUCAGUACAUGACUGCAUUAAGCACAAUUGUUAAUUCUUUAUGCAACUCCAUCAAACCAUCUCCAUAUUUACAAUAUAUCCCAACACCAUCUCUUUUCUCAGAGCUUACAACAUGUAAGCGAUAUCAGGACAAACGACGCCUGUAACUUCUGCUUGAGUCUUUUGUUGAAGAGGACUCAGGGUUAAACUUGUUUCUUUGUUCUGGUUCUGGUUCUCUCCUGUAGAUACAUAUGCAUGGUUCUGAUUUCCAUGACAGUUUAUCCGACUUCUUCUCACCGCAUGUCCUUCCUCCAGAGUAUGGAGGGGAGGGACCCAGCGUAGAAACAGCGUGUCAGGACUGGACCAAUCAGCUCUUUCAGUCCGAGAAGCUCCUGCAGCAGAUCGCCGCUCACCCAACAGGAGAUAUCUUCAUCACAGCAAGUGAUGCGUCAAUCCUAGAGGAUGUGGGCACUGACCAACCUCUGGAGUCAUGAUGUUUUUAUGUUGAAUCACACAAAGUGACAUUUCCUUCAUUGGAUCAAAACAACCUCUGACACUGUACAGCAGACUCUUUAAGGUUUUAAAUGCUUGAGUACAACAACAUGUUUAUACAGAUCCUAGCAAAGAAACUUGAUGCCUCAGCCUUUUGGGGGUUUUUCCCUUCACUUUAGCUCAAAAUGGACAGAGCCCAACCUUUCCCAACUUAGAUUUUCCAAGGACCUUUUACUGUAGAGAGUGAAGGAAAGACAGUACAUGUUGAAGGUGAGACAUUAGAAGUGUGUAAACAUUGCUUCUCAAUCUGUCAGUAUGAAGCUGGCACGCAUCACAUCCUGAGACUUGAAGAAAAGUUUUUUUGUGCCAUGAACCCAAAUCCAAAAGGAAAGCAGGUAUUUGACAUUUGUUUUUGAACCAGCUUAUUUAAGGUUUUUAAUCAUAUCUGUGAACUUGAGCACAGCCAUACCGGACUAAAAAAUAAAUCACUGUUUUCUGUGGAAAAUGGCGUAUUUCUAAGAGUCUGAAACAUUAAUAUUCAGAUAUUCUCUCUCUGCCUUAGUGUUCAGUCAGCCUCACUGUGACAGCACUCCUUAAUGAACCCGGAUGUGUAAUGAAUGUCUAAGUUUGUAGCUGAAACAGAUCAGAGUUUCUCAUUCAUUCUAUCGAAUGUCAUUGUGUUGGUACAUGUGGUACAAGUGUGAGUACAAUCCUCUGCUACAAACUUAGCACAAAUAUCACUCAUUAUUAAUUUAAAACUACACACCAGAAAAAAACAUUAGUACCCACAGUCAGGUUUACAAGCUCACAGAUGUAACAUUAGUUCUUUUUGGUCUGGGGGUGGAUGAAGUCUGUAAAUGACCACCAGCCAAACACAUGACUCUGCCGAAUGUCAUGAAAGCUGCACCUGAAGACAUCACAGGUGAUCAUUGUGGAGGUCCCAAACUGAGAAAUUAGUGUUUUUUUCUCAGGAACAUUACCAGUGAACACAUUGGCUGUGAUGUUGACAGAAAUCUGUGUCCAGACCAACGAGGUUGAUACCAACAGUGUCACGGAGUCUGGUGUUGAGGGGUACAAAGAUUUUAUUUCUUCUUUUCUGUGCUGUAAUGGGAAGUUUUUGUUUGUUAUUGACUUCCACUUUUUUUGUGUCAAUCUUGAUCAUAAUGUGAUUUGUGACCAUCCUGGUGAAAGAGCGUUUUUUUACAGUUUGACAUGCGUGGUUCAAACAAAACAGCUCAGCACACUGACUGAAAGACUCUUAAAAGUUUGGGGUCUCUCACUGUCUUUUUGCAAACAUGGAGCAGAAUUUUAAUGGACCAUGAAACUGUUGAUAAAUAGUUAAAUAAGUGCAUUCUCAUAUCUGAAGUAUAUGUACAUAUGUUUGGACAAACUUGUUGGAAAGUGGAACAUUUUCAUACAUGCACAUAUAUGUUAUAAAAACAUUUAAUGCCUCAUACAGAUUAUUUCUAUGUAUAUUUUUUAAAUAUCUGUAUGAAUAAUAAUAAAAACAUUUCUGUGGAUAUUUUA